UUGAAAGUAGCUCCUCAUUAAUCGACAAACAUCGCGGAAAUGUGAUUUUUCUCAGAGAUAACUCUCAAUUAUUUCUUUAGAUAAGUAAUCCAACAAACUUCUCCAUGAUGUAUGGACAGGAUGAAGAGAUGGAGGAUGAGAGUGAUGAUAUCACACCUGAUCUCUGGCAGGAGGCCUGUUGGAUCGUCAUCAGCUCCUAUUUUGAUGAGAAGGGAUUAGUUAGACAACAAUUGGAUUCCUUUGAUGAAUUCAUCCAGAUGUCAGUACAGCGUAUUGUGGAAGACUCCCCGCAGAUCGACCUACAAGCUGAGGCACAGCACACAUCCGGAACCAUUGAAACUCCUCCAAGAUAUCUCUUAAAAUUUGAACAGAUCUAUUUGUCAAAGCCAACACAUUGGGAAAAAGAUGGUGCACCAAGUCCUAUGAUGCCAAAUGAAGCAAGACUUCGAAAUUUAACGUAUUCUGCCCCAUUGUAUGUGGAUAUUACCAAAACAGUUGUAAAGGAAGGAGAGGAUCCUAUUGAAACCACUCACCAAAAGACAUUUAUUGGGAAAAUACCCAUUAUGUUACGAUCAACAUAUUGUUUACUUAGCGGACUAACAGAUCGUGAUUUAACUGAGUUAAAUGAAUGUCCACUUGAUCCUGGAGGAUAUUUCAUCAUCAACGGGUCAGAAAAAGUGCUCAUUGCUCAAGAGAAAAUGGCAACUAACACAGUGUAUGUAUUUCAACAGAAAGAUUCCAAAUACGCCUUCAAGACAGAGAUAAGAUCAUGUUUGGAACAUUCUUCCAGACCCACUAGUACACUGUGGGUGAACAUGAUGGCAAAAGGAGGAGGGGGAGCCAAGAAGAGUGCCAUAGGACAGAGAAUCAUUGGUAUUCUGCCAUAUAUCAAACAGGAGAUUCCAAUCAUUAUUGUAUUCCGAGCCCUUGGCUUUGUGUCGGACAGAGACAUCUUGGAACAUAUCAUCUAUGACUUUGAUGACCCUGAGAUGAUGGAAAUGGUGAAGCCCUCCCUUGAUGAGGCAUUUGUGAUACAAGAGAGAAAUGUUGCACUCAACUUUAUAGGUUCUCGUGGUGCUCGGCCUGGUGUGACAAAGGAGAAGAGAAUCAAAUAUGCUCGUGAAAUUCUGCAGAAAGAAAUGUUGCCGCAUGUUGGUGUCAGUGACUUCUGUGAGACCAAGAAAGCUUACUUCUUAGGGUACAUGGUACAUCGUCUCCUUCUGGCAGCCCUUGGCAGACGAGAAGUAGAUGACAGAGAUCACUAUGGAAACAAGAGACUAGACUUAGCUGGCCCUCUACUGGCUUUCUUAUUCAGAGGUAUGUUCAGAAAUCUGAUGAAGGAAGUAAGAAUGUAUUCACAGAAGUUCAUUGACAGAGGGAAAGAUUUCAAUCUGGAGCUGGCAAUCAAGACGCGAAUCAUUACUGAUGGACUUAAAUAUUCUUUGGCUACAGGAAAUUGGGGUGAUCAAAAGAAGGCUCAUCAAGCAAGGGCUGGUGUGUCUCAGGUGUUAAAUAGACUGACAUUUGUGUCCACUUUGUCUCAUUUGCGGAGAUUGAAUUCUCCAAUCGGAAGAGACGGUAAAUUGGCUCGUCCUCGACAGCUGCACAACACACAGUGGGGGAUGGUGUGUCCUGCUGAAACUCCUGAGGGAGGAGCUGUAGGCCUGGUGAAGAACCUCGCUCUAAUGGCUUACAUUUCUGUUGGCUCUCAACCAUCACCAAUCCUUGAGUUCUUGGAGGAGUGGAGUAUGGAAAACUUGGAGGAGGUUGCCCCGUCAUCUAUACAGGAUGCUACAAAAAUUUUUGUGAAUGGUUGUUGGGUAGGAAUACACAGGGAUGCAGAACAUCUGAUGAACACUCUGAGAAAACUCCGCAGAGAGAUGGACAUCAUUGUUUCUGAGGUGUCGAUGAUCAGAGAUAUUCGUGACAGAGAAAUCAGAAUUUAUACUGAUGCUGGAAGGAUCUGUCGGCCGUUGUUAAUUGUUGACAACCAAAAACUUUUGUUGAAACAGAGUCAUAUCAAACAGCUGAAACAGAAGGAAUACAACAGCUACAGUUGGCAGGAUUUGGUUGCGAGUGGAGUCGUAGAGUACAUUGACCCCCUAGAAGAAGAGUCCAUUAUGCUGGCCAUGACCCCUGAUGACCUCUCCGAGGACAAGGAUGUCCAGUACUGUUCUACGUAUACACAUUGUGAGAUUCAUCCAGCCAUGAUACUUGGUGUAUGUGCCUCUAUCAUCCCAUUCCCAGAUCACAACCAGUCCCCACGUAACACAUACCAGUCCGCUAUGGGUAAGCAAGCUAUGGGUGUCUAUAUUACCAACUUCCAUGUCCGUAUGGACACCCUUGCCCAUGGACUCCUGUACCCUCAGAAACCUCUAGUCACCACACGUUCCAUGGAGUAUCUCCGCUUCAGAGAACUUCCUGCAGGUAUCAAUACUGUUGUUGCCAUUGCGACAUACACAGGAUAUAACCAGGAAGAUUCUGUCAUUCUAAAUGCUUCUGCUAUUGAACGGGGCUUUUUCAGAUCUUUCUUCUUUCGGUCUUACAAAGACGCUGAAGCAAAGAAAGGAUUGGAUCAAGAAGAGUUGUUUGAAAAGCCAGACAGAGAAAAUGUUCAAGGCAUGAGGCCGGCCAUCUACGACAAGUUAGACGAUGAUGGUAUUAUAUCUCCUGGACUUAGAGUAUCUGGAGACGACGUACUGAUUGGCAAGACAAUGACCUUACCUCCCAAUGAUGACGAGCUUGAUGCCACUGCAAGGAGAUAUUCCAAGCGCGAUGCUAGUGUGUUCAUGAGAAGAAGUGAAACUGGAAUUAUUGAUCAGGUGAUGGUCACUAUAAACCAGGAAGGCUACAAGUUCUGUAAGAUUCGUGUACGAACAGUAAAGACCCCUCAGAUUGGAGACAAGUUUGCCAGUCGUCAUGGUCAGAAAGGAACCUGUGGAAUCACAUAUCGACAGGAGGACAUGCCAUUCACUUGUGAGGGAAUCACUCCAGAUAUUAUUAUCAACCCCCACGCCAUUCCCAGUAGAAUGACCAUUGGCCAUUUGUUCGAGUGCCUGCAGAGUAAAGUUGCGGCCAACAAAGGAGAGAUCGGUGAUGCCACACCUUUCAACGAUGCUGUCAAUGUACAGAAAGUAUCAAACUUAUUACACCAGUAUGGUUAUCAUCAGCGAGGAAAUGAGAUUCUAUACAAUGGCUUCACUGGAAGGAAGCUGAAUGCCCAGGUGUUCCUAGGCCCAACCUACUACCAGCGUCUGAAGCAUAUGGUGGAUGACAAGAUCCAUUCUCGGGCGCGAGGUCCUCUUCAAAUCCUCAACAGACAACCUAUGGAGGGAAGAGCCAGGGAUGGUGGUUUACGUUUUGGAGAGAUGGAACGUGAUUGUCAGAUUGCCCAUGGAGCAGCUCAAUUUCUGCGUGAACGGCUGUUUGAAGCGUCGGAUCCCUACAGAGUACAUUUAUGUAACUUCUGUGGUCUUAUCGCCAUAGCUAAUCUACGCAACCAGACAUUUGAAUGCCGGGGAUGUAAGAACAAAACACAGAUCUCCCAGAUCCGCAUGCCAUAUGCCUGUAAGCUGCUGUUCCAGGAGCUCAUGUCUAUGAGUAUCGCUCCACGCAUAAUGGUUCUGGCAUCAUAGACGUGAAACAAAUACAAAUUAUUGAUGUCUAACUGUAAUGAUCCCAAAGACCUUUGGAGAAACUGCAUACAAAGUUGUGUUGAUACUUCGAACACUUUUACAGUAUUUAUUGACAGUUUGUAGACUGGUGCGACAUAUUCGUGUGGAAGUUCAAAUAUUACUGAGAGUAGCAUCCUUUCAUCAUGUGGAUAAAAGACAGCCAUUCAAUACAAGAACAUAGGUGCAACAUUCUGUGCAAGUACAUGAGAGAGAAUGUCAGUGUAACUUCAUUGGAUCAUUGUGUAUGAAAGAAACACUCCGUAAAUUCAUUUAGUCAUUACGUGUGAAAGGAUUUCAUAUUUUAAAAAUGAUCAUGUUGGUAUAAUAAUAUGUAAAGAGAUUGUUCUUAAUUGUAAAUAUGUGUGAAUGAACAUCAGUUUUUUUCAAAGAAAAAAUGCUUGAUUUUCCUUGACUGGACAAAAUACUUGCUCUCUUCUCUUCAUCAUGAAAGACCUAUGUGAAAUACCCAUAUAAUGUUGUAUAUGUCUGUGUGAGAUUCUCUUUAUCUCACAAGUGACCAUGACUAAAUGAGGUCACGAUCAGGUGAAAACAUCAUUCUAUAAUGAUGAUCAGGUGAAAACAUUAUUCUAUAAUGAUGAUCAGGUGUCAGGUGAAAACAUCAUUCUAUAAUGAUGAUCAGGUGUCAGGUGAAAACAUCAUUCUAUAAUGAUGAUCAGGUGAAAACAUCAUUCUAUAAUGAUGUUCAGGUGUCAGGUGAAAACAUCAUUCUAUAAUGAUGACCAGGUAAAGACAUCAUUCUAUAAUGAUGAUCAGGUGAAAACAUCAUUCUAUAAUGAUGACCAGGUAAAGAUGUCAUUCUAUAAUGAUGAUCGGGUAAAGACAUCAUUCUAUAAUGAUGAUCAGGUAAAGAUGUCAUUCUAUAAUGAUGAUCAGGUAAAGACAUCAUUCUAUAAUGAUGAUCGGGUAAAGACGUCAUUCUAUAAUGAUGAUCGGGUGUCAGGUGAAAACAUCAUUCUAUAAUGAUGAUCGGGUAAAGACGUCAUUCUAUAAUGAUGAUCGGGUGUCAGGUGAAAACAUCAUUCUAUAAUGAUGAUCGGGUAAAGACGUCAUUCUAUAAUGAUGAUCGGGUAAAGAUGUCAUUCUAUAAUGAUGAUCGGGUAAAGAUGUCAUUCUAUAAUGAUGAUCAGGUAAAGAUGUCAUUCUAUAAUGAUGAUCAGGUAAAGAUGUCAUUCUAUAAUGAUGAUCAGGUAAAGAUGUCAUUCUAUAAUGAUGAUCGGGUGUCAGGUGAAAACAUCAUUCUAUAAUGAUGAUCAGGUAAAGAUGUCAUUCUAUAAUGAUGAUCAGGUAAAGAUGUCAUUCUAUAAUGAUGAUCAGGUAAAGACAUCAUUCUAUAAUGAUGAUCGGGUAAAGACGUCAUUCUAUAAUGAUGAUCGGGUGUCAGGUGAAAACAUCAUUCUAUAAUGAUGAUCGGGUAAAGACGCCAUUCUAUAAUGAUGAUCGGGUGUCUGGUGAAAACAUCACUCUAUAAUGAUGAUCGGGUAAAGACGUCAUUCUAUAAUGAUGAUCGGGUGAAAACAUUAUUCUAUAAUGAUGAUCAGGUGUCAGGUGAAAACAUCAUUCUAUAAUGAUGAUCAGGUGUCAGGUGAAAACAUCAUUCUAUAAUGAUGAUCAGGUGAAAACAUCAUUCUAUAAUGAUGUUCAGGUGUCAGGUGAAAACAUCAUUCUAUAAUUAUGACCAGGUAAAGACAUCAUUCUAUAAUGAUGAUCAGGUGAAAACAUCAUUCUAUAAUGAUGACCAGGUAAAGAUGUCAUUCUAUAAUGAUGAUCGGGUAAAGACAUCAUUCUAUAAUGAUGAUCAGGUAAAGAUGUCAUUCUAUAAUGAUGAUCAGGUAAAGACAUCAUUCUAUAAUGAUGAUCGGGUAAAGACGUCAUUCUAUAAUGAUGAUCGGGUGUCAGGUGAAAACAUCAUUCUAUAAUGAUGAUCGGGUAAAGACGCCAUUCUAUAAUGAUGAUCGGGUGUCUGGUGAAAACAUCAUUCUAUAAUGAUGAUCGGGUAAAGACGUCAUUCUAUAAUGAUGAUCGGGUGUCAGGUGAAAACAUCAUUCUAUAAUGAUGUCAUAAUCAGGUGAUCAUUCUUUGCUGAUUUCAUUAUCAAAAUUGUAUAUUACAUUCAGUGUUUGGUUCUAUUGACCUUGCUAUCAGCUGUAGACACCACAUUUUAGACACAGGCUAUUCCUAAUGGUCAUUCCUGGUUCUUGAGAAAUUUAGCAAUAUUUAAUGUUGCAUUUUUUAGCAUCCUUUAGAAAAAAAAUCUUACUAGCAUGGAAAAGCCAGUAUUUAUAUUUAAUGGCUACUAAGAUUCUUUACCCAGGUAUAGGAUUUAGUACCAGCAAAUAUUCUUUUCUGAAACCAAUUCUAUGACUUCAGAUAGUGUAACUACAUCCCUAAUAUCUAUAUGUGAUUGACUCUUUUGUUAUUUUGUAAAUACCAUUAUCAUGAUUGACUACAUGACCUAUACUAAGUCUUGCUGUAUUAGAGGAUGUAAAGCCUUCAGAUAACUUAGUAAAGAUGCAUUUUCAUUUUUUCAUUUUGAAAUAAUUAAGAGAGAAGGGCAGUGAUGAAACUGGUAAAACCUUUUAGAUAAGUGUCCAAUGUCCCUUGUUGAUGUCCUCACAGCAGUCCGGGACUACAUGAGGACAUGGGGUCGACUCGGGUCAAAGGACAAAAUCAGUAAAAAGGUACUGAUCAGGUUUCCUCACAGCAGUCAGGGUUGUUGUAAAAAAAAAUGCAAGCUAUUUGAUUCACUUUCAGCAAUAAACCAUAAUUAAUAAAA